CAUAAAUACCAGGCUGUUACUGUCGAUUUCUGCAGAGGUUCAGCCGCAAUCCUACUCAACACCUGCAAACCCUGCCAGUUAACAGGCUCCACUAAACUUCAACAUUCAUACUUAAACAUAUCCCCCAGAGAUAGUUACGACGAGACGAUGUGCAAAGUUUGGAAAGUUUUUGGCACGCUCCUUGUCGCGAUACUGGGUUGUGCGCGGUGUCUUCUCCUGGAUGAAGAACCUCUGUGUACGGCGAGGGGCCGCGCCAAGUACAGCCUGGUCUUCACGGGCAAGUGGAGCCGCACUGCCUUCCCCAAACAAUAUCCGCUCUACCGGCCUCCGGCGCAGUGGUCCCCGCUCAUUGUGGUCACCCACAGCAGCGAUUACCACAUGUGGCGGCUGGGCGAAUAUGCCAGUAAUGGAGUGCGGGAGUUUGUGGAGAAAAGUGAGGCCUGGCCGUUAAUGAGAGAGGUUGAAGCAUCAGGCGAGAAAAUCCAAAGUGUCUACGGAGUUUUCUCAGCACCAGCUGUACCUAGUGGUGUGGAGCAGACAUCAACUGAGUUUGAGGUGCAUGCCAGGCAUUCUCUUCUGUCCUUCAUUGCUCGCAUUGUGCCAAGCCCGGACUGGUUUGUGGGUAGUGACAGUCUGAAUUUGUGUGAAGGAGAUACUUGGAAGGAGCAAGUCCUUAUAAAUCUGUAUCCCUAUGAUGCUGGAACAGACAGUGGUUUCACUUUCUCAUCUCCAAAUUUUGCAACUAUUCCCCAAGAGACAAUCACUGAGAUAACGUCAAGUUCACCAAGUCAUCCUGCAAACUCAUUCUUCUAUCCCAGACUGAAGCAACUGCCUGCAAUUGCAAGAGUAACACUGACUAGGCUGAAGGAUAGCCAGUUAAUUGGGAUUUCUACAGUUCAAUCCAAUCUUUUUCCCAUAGGAAAUGAAAUAGAUGACUCUGUGUCAGAAACGCCACUGGAUUGUGAAGUUUCCACAUGGUCUUCCUGGGGCUUGUGCACGGGGAAAUGCACAGAGAUGGGGACUAAGCACCGCACUCGCUACGUCAGGUUGAAUCCAGCCAAUAAUGGUAAUCCAUGCCCAGCGCUCGAGGAGGAGGAGCAAUGUCUUCUGCACAAUUGUGUGUAACAGCGCCACCCAGUGGUGACAACCUUUGCUGGAUUUUAAGGACUGAAUCUUACCAAAGAUGGGAUACUCAUGCAAUACCAAUGAACUCAGUUGUUAAUAAUCCAGGUUUUUAAAUGCCAGCUGCAUUGACAGUUAUUCCAUGUUAACACUAUUUUUAUUCUGUCAAGUUUGAAGUUUGCUGGUUGAAAAAUUCAGUUUCUCUCUACUUUGUUUAGCAUCAAUAAUCCAGUAAUUAUUGUAAGCCUUGAAUCAAAACUGUAGUCAUCGAUACACAGUAGUAACCCAUCUCUUAAGCGAGCUCAUAGAUUAGAAUGCAGCUUUGAAAUCACUCCCAGCAUCUUGCAUUAUUUAUACUGUGCUCCAUUUCAAUUUACACAAACCUUUAGGUUCCUAUGCUGCUUUACGAUGUGGAUGGCAAAUAUGAUGCCAUCUAGAAUCUUCCUUCGUGAUGAUAUUUAUACAAGAAGAUUGAUGACUAUUUUAGUUUUAAUUUUAUAAUCUGAAUUUAAUUACCUGGCAAUAUGCAGUAGCUAGUUAAUAGUUCUAAGAUAAUAACCAAAGGAAUUAUUUGAAAAUAGUGAUGUUGAUAUGCUUUUGCCCAUGUGUUCUUAUUUAAGAGUUGCCUUGUUCUAUAAAUUAACUAGAUGAGUGAUUGGGUCUUAAGAGAUUGCAAUCACUUUUCUUAGGCAAACAACUCUGUGUACUAUUUGAAGACCUUGAACAUUAACAAAUAGCAGUGCCCUUGAGAAAGCAUUUUGACAUUAGCUACAAGCAUUUUGCCACACAUUUCAGUUCCCCUUUUACCCAGUUCUAUCUUUCGAGUGGAAGUCUAAUCAAAAUAUUACAAAAAAAAUGGUGCAUUAAUUAAUGGAACUCUUUCGGCCCAGCUUUUCUCUUUAUAAAUAUCUACAUUGCUCAUCAAGGAGAUUCAUGUGUUUCAAUGUAAAGUUUAACAUACCGUUUUUAAUUCUUUUUCUAGUGAAGUUGUCUCCAGAAAUGUUAGCACUAGUGUUAAUUAAAAUCAAAAGCCAAAAAAUACAAUAUGUAUAUAGAAAUAUAUAUAUAAAUGUAUUCUUGAUAUUAGAACAGUUUUUAAGUAUUUCUAUAAUCUAUUUGUAGGUCUCUCAAACCAAUUAAUGUUCACUGGAAUUUACCAAUUAUCGAAUGUUCUGCUGGGGAUCCAAUAUUGAAUAAAACGUAUAGAUUUGUGUGAUUGAUAUGUUGACUUAAGACAUUUUGUGAUGUCAUGAAAAUGAUUGGAUUUCAGAUAACUUCUUAGGAAAUUUGUAUUGUAAACUAAUAAUUUUAACCAUUGUUUGUGGGAUAGAGUAGUAUGCAUGAUUCUUCAUUAAGAGAGAAAUCAAAUCUGUGGAAGAGUCAUUUGAAUAUACAGUAUCUAGCUUCAUUAUCCAGCCAUAGAACAGAAAUGGUUAGGAUAUCAUCUUUGGGAUUUCCCAAAAUGUUUUCGUGUCAAUAAAUUGAGAAGCUCCUAAUGAGCACUCAUUCUUAUUGACUUGUUAAGGUACUUAAGAGAAAUUCAACAUGGUGGGAUGACCGGAGCCCCAUGUUGGUCAAUGUAGGUGUGGUUAGCACAUUUCUUUUUUUCUAAAUGAGACUAGUAAAACAACUAGAUUUGAUGAAAAUGUUAUAUUCUCUAUUUCAGAUUCUUUAAAUUGAACACAAUUUCUUAUACAGGUAUUCCAAUUACAAGUAAUUAUUUACAUUAACAUAAUCACUGUACUAUUCACAUCCCUGGUGAUUCUAGCUACUCAGAACUUGAGGGAAAAUUGAUGUAUUUGGUAUUAAAGUCCUACUUUGAAAGAGUAUCUCAAAUUAAUUAUGCAGCACAGAACAACAGAGUAUAAAGAAAUUUAUUUUGGUUGAGCAAAGUUUUUUUUUAUUGCUGGUACUGCUGAGUUGAGAACUUGUGGGGGCUUUCAAAAACUUGUAGGAUACGUGUGAAAUAUAUACAGUUUAAAAAAAUCAAAGAACUUCAGAUGUAAAUCUGAAACAAAAAUAGAAAUGCUAGAAACACUUAGCAGGCCAGACAGCAUCUGUGGAAGGAGAAAUUGUUAAUAUUUUGGGUCCACGACCCUUCAUUAGAACCAGUCAUACUUCUGACGAAAGGUUGCAACACAAGACAUUGACUCAAGAGGUACUGCAGAUGCUGGAAGUCUAGAGCGAUACACACAAUGUGCUGGAGGAGCUCAGCAGGUCAGGCAGCAUCUAUGGAUGGUAAUAAAAAGUCAACAUUGGGGCUGAGACUCUUCUUCACCUUCAUCAGGAGUCCUGAUGAAAGGUCUCGGCCCAAAACGUCGACUGUUUAUUCCCAUCGAUCGAUGCUGUCUGAUUUUGCUGAGCUCCUCCAGUACAUUGUGCGUAUUGCACAAGACAUUGUCUGUUUCUUCUCAAAACAAGACUAUACAAUACCGUUUUACCAUUUUUCUAAUUUUUGUUUUAAAUAUCCAUGCUGCAUGAGUAUUAUGCCAAACACAAGUCAUGUUUAUAAUGACUGCCGGUCAAUAUUUCAAUUGUGUAUUCUUUCCUGCCACAAAAUUUACUUUAUGUAAAAUAUAUAUGAAUAUUUUAUCUCCUUUUCUAAAUUGUGGCUCAAUGAAAUGUUGGGAUUGAAGCAUGGAGUGCAUUGGCAGAGCUUGGAUAUAUGGUACAUGAGCAGUAAUCUGCCUUUAUCUCUGGUAUGGAUAAUCUGCAGUGAAUAUUAGUUCAUUUUAUGUAAACUGUUACUUCUCACUUCAUUCACCCAUAUAAUACCAGAGCACAACUGUGAGAGCAGGUUGUAUUAACAGUUUCAAUUUAGAAGGGAUAGAGGAUUGUUUUAAUUUGAUGGUAUUUAAGUUGAUCAAGGAAGUUUAAUAGCAAUAUUUAAAGCAAUCAAAGGGUUUACUAGCAAUAGGGAAGCUCUGCCAUCGGAGAAAAAAAAUCCUUGACCAUUAGACAAUUGAGAGUUUAAAUCAGGAAGGAUAUUUUCACACAAAGCAGCUGAGAUUUGGAAAAUUCCAUCUAACAAUUGAGUCAAUCGAAAUGUUCAAAGCUGGGAUUGCUUGCUUUGUUAAGUGUGGUGUUGAAGGAUACUGACAAAGGCAGGUACACUGCCAAUGUGAUCUGACUGAAUGUAAGGUGCUCAAUGGCCUGCUCAUGUUCCUUUGUUCAGAUGUACUCUUAAUAUGCAUGAGUGAUGCUGUGCUUGGAUUUGUAUUUUGUAAAAUGGAUGCACAAAAUCAAUUUGCACUUGCACUUAGGAUUCUUAAUUUUGAAUUUUUGCAUUGUGCAUAAUUUCAAUUCAAAAAGGACUACUAGAACAGAUAUUGCCACCAUUAGCUGAUAUCUUCUGCUUGUGUGCCACAGUCUGUACUUUCAAAAGGCACUGUGUUCGCUGUUUUCCAAGUUCUUUAUUUCCACUGAACAUGUAUUUGUAUAUACUUGACUGCUUGUACAUUGUUGUAUUUAAUUCUAUAGUUGCAUAAGCGAAUAUCUUUUGUACCUGUUUGAAUCAAAUUAAA